GGAGAGGUGAGCGCUGCUGGGAACGGGACGUUAUACAGUAACACCGAGGCGUGUGUCUGGAUGGUGACGGCUCAUUGUGUGUCUCAGGUUCCUGUAAGGUGUGAUGAUGUCACCGUCUAUUUCUCCAUGGAGGAGUGGGAGUAUUUAGAAGGACACAAGGAGCUUUACAGGGACGUGAUGAUGGAGACCCACCAGCCCCGCGGCUCUCCAGGAGACGUGAUGGACGGAGCAGAGAAGAUCCAGAAUUCACCGUAUGAAAUCUCCGAUCGGGAGCAGACAGAAGACACGUCUCCUGAGGACGAGCAGAUGUUGGUCCUGCUGGGGGAUGGAGGAGCUCCAGCCGAUGACUUCUCUGCAUCGAUGGAUCAUAUAAAGGAGGAAUAUGCCUCGGAUUACGCCGCGUCCGGACAUAUCGCGCCCAACGUGGAGAUUUGCCCCGAAUGUGGGCUCCGGUUACCCAACAAAUCCCAGCUGAUAAUACAUCUGAGGAACCACACUGGGGAGAAGCAGAUUUCGUGUCCUGACUGCGGGAAGAAGUUUGUGGCGAAUUCCAAUCUAAUCCGGCAUCGCCGGCUCCACACAGGGGAGAAGCCGUUCUCCUGCCCCGAGUGCGGACAGCGCUUCACUCGCAAGUUCUCCCUCGUCAAACACCAGCGCAUCCACAAAGGGGAGAAGCCGUUCACCUGCGGGGAGUGCGGCAAGAGCUUCACGGGCCGGGGCAAUUUCAUCAUUCACAUGCGGAUCCACACCGGCGAGAAGCCCUUCUCCUGCUCGGAAUGCGGAAAGUGCUUCAGGGGCCGGGGAAAUCUGGGCAAACAUCUGCGGAUCCACACGGGGGAGAGGCAGUUCUCCUGCCCCGACUGCGGCAAAAUCUUCAUCACCAAUUCCGACCUCGUCCGCCACCGGCGGAUCCACACGGGCGAGAAGCCCUACGUCUGCCCCGAGUGCCACAAGUGCUUCUCGCAGAGGUCCACGCUGGUCACGCACCAGAAGGUCCACACGCAGGAGAAGCCCUUCAUCUGCCCCCAGUGCGGCAACAGCUUCUCGCAGAAGUCCACGCUGGUUAAGCACCAGCGGAUUCACACGGGUGAGAAGCCCUUCGCCUGCCCCGACUGCGGGAAACGCUUUGUCUGCAACUCCUCCCUCAAACGCCACCGGCUGCACGAGCGCUAUCACACGGGAGAGAGGCCCUUCUCGUGCUCCACGUGCGGGACGUGCUUCUUCUCCAGGCAGGAGCUCGACAUCCACGAGCGCCGUCACACGGGAGAGCGGCCCUUCGCGUGUCCAGAGUGCGGAAAACGCUUCAUCUCCAAGGCCAAGCUGAGUCUGCACGAGAGAUACCACACCGGGGAGGGGCUGCUCACGUGUGCCGAGUGCGGGAAGUGCUUCAACAGGAAGGAGAACUUUGACAGGCACAGGCAGACGCACACGGGCGAGAGGCCCUUCACGUGUCCGGAGUGCGGAAGGUGCUUCUUCACCAAGGCGCACCUCGACAUCCACGUGCGCCGUCACACCGGAGAGAGACCGUUCCCGUGCUCCGAAUGCAAGAAGUCCUUCACCACCAAGUUCGGCCUCACCUUGCACCAGAGGACUCACACCGGGGAGAAGCCAUUCUUGUGUCCCAAGUGCGGGAAGUAUUUCACCACCAAGUCGGAGCUGCGGAGGCACGAGAGACAUCACACGGGGGAGAAGCCUUUCGCGUGUUCCGAGUGCGAGAAAUGCUUCCCCACCAAGGCGGAGCUCACCACGCACGUGAAGUUCCACACGGGGGAGAGACCCUUCGAGUGUCCGGAAUGCGGAAGGUGCUUCUGUCACAAGGGACACCUCAACAAGCACUUGCGAUGUCACACGGGAUCUCGUUACAUCAUAGCUCUUCCUUCUAACUCCGGCAGUCCGAUGACUGCUUUCCCCGUCUGCAUCCCGCGUGGUCUUCAGGACAAGACACUUUGGCAAUGGCUUCCAAAAGCCAGAAGGUUCAGGCCGACCGCCAGCUCCAUCCUUCCUCCCCAGAAUCUAGUUGUCCACCUCCAUGGAGCCCCGUUUGGUAUUUCUCCCCUGCAACCAAUGAGCUUUCUAGACCCUGAUCCCAUUCCGAAGACGUUCCGUGUAUCUGCACCUCAUGCUGGAGAGGAAGAUGAAUAUCGUGAAGUCUCGUUUCCACCCAGCCCCCUGGACGAGUCGCCCGGAUCAGACCCGGGACCCCGGACGCGUUACCCGGAUCAGACCCGGCCCCCCGGACACGUCGCCCGGAUCAGACCCGGCCCCCCAGAAGCCUCGCUCGGAUCAGACCCGCCCCCCCAGAAGCCUCGCCCGGAUCAGACCCGGGCCCCUGGACGAGUCGGCCGGAUCAGACCAGGGACGCCAGACACGUCGGCCGGAUCAGACCCGGGACCCCGGACGCGUCGCCCGGAUCAGACCCCGCCCCCUGGACGCGCGGCCCGGAUCAGACCCGGGACCCCGGACGAGUCGCCCGCAUCAGAGCCGGGACACCGGACGCGAGUUGCCCGCAUUAGAGCCGGGACACCGGAGGAGUCGCCCGCAUCAGAGCCGGGACAGCGGACGCGAGUCGCCCGCAUCAGAGCCGGGACACCGGACGAGUCGCCCGCAUCAGAGCCGGGACACCGGACGCGAGUCGCCCGCAUCAGAGCCAGGACACCGGACGCGAGUCGCCCGCAUCAGAGCCGGGACACCGGACAUGUCGCCCGGAUCAGACCCGGAAGUGAUGAGGAGAAAGUAGCCGGAACACGAGAGCCAUUGCCGGGAUUAUCUUCUGUCCCUGAGGGUUCUGAACGUCUUCCCAGCCGAGACGCGUCCCUCAUGGCCGAGCGAGUGAGCGAGAAGCCGAGUGUAUGCAUUCAGUGCGGGGAGCCCUUCCAGGCGAGGGAGGGUCUGCGGGCGCGGGAGAGAGUGCACUGUCCUCGGUGCGUGACCCCAAAGAAAGAGCGCGGGGAGAGAGCGCCCGCAGAGAAGAAGUCUUAUCCGUGCCCCGAAUGCGACCGAUGUUUCAGCAUUAAACCGAAUCUCAACAGACACGUGGGGAAGCACAUCGCCCUGCAGCAGAAGCCCUUCCCGUGCCCCGAGUGCGGCAAAUGUUUCCCCAGCAAGCGGUACCUCUGGAAACACGUGAAGCGCCACGUGGGGGAGAAGCGCUUCGCCUGCACGGAAUGCGACAGAAGUUACAACGAGAGGGGGCAGCUCGUCGACCAUCAGCGCGUUCACACGGGGGAGAAGCCGUUCGAGUGCUCCGAGUGCGGCAAGGCCUUCGCCUGGAAGGAGUCCCUUCGCGCGCACCUGAAACUUCACAUCGGGCUGAGACCCUUCGCGUGUGCUGAAUGCGGCAAAUGUUUCACCAUGAUGGGGGAUCUCCACAAACACGAGAGAACGCACACCGGAGAGAGGCCGUUUCCGUGCCCCGAGUGCGGCAAACGUUUCGGCACGCGGGGGAACCUCCGCAAACACGAGAAAACCCACACGGGGGACAAGGCCUUCCCGUGCACCGAGUGCGAGCAGUCUGCCCCCACGAUGGCCAAGCUCCGCAAACACUCGCGCGUGCACACGGGAGAGAGGCCGUACGAGUGCCCCGAGUGCGGGAAGACGUUCGCCGUCCAGAUAAAGCUCAGCGAGCACGAGCGCAUGCACACCGGAGAGAAGCCCUUCAAGUGCCCCGAGUGCGAGAAGUGUUUUGCCAAGAAGGAAUACCUCAGGUCCCACGUGAGAUUUCACACCGGGCUGAAGCCCCUCUCCUGCUCGGAAUGCGGCAAACGCUUUGCCACGACGGGCGAGCUCCACGACCACCAGAGAAUUCACACGGGCGAGAAGCCGUUCCUCUGUCCCGAAUGCGGGAAAUGCUUCGCCUUGAGGUCCAGCCUCCGCAGCCACAAGAAAACCCACGUGGGAGAGAAGCCCUUCGCGUGCUCCGACUGCGAGAAAUGCUUCACCACGUUGGGCAACCUCCAAACUCACCAGAAGAUCCACACGGGGGAGAAGCCCUUCGCGUGCGCCGAAUGCGGGAAAGGCUUUAUCAUAAAGGCAAAGCUGCUGGAUCACGAGAGAAUUCACACCGGCGAGAAACCGUUCAGCUGCUCCGAGUGCGGGAAAAGCUUCAACAAGAAGGAGAUCCUCAACAAACACCUGAAGCUCCACGCCGGCUCCAAGCCCUUCCCGUGUGUCCAAUGCAGAAUGUAUUUCGCCACCAAAGCCGAGCUGGCCCGGCACGAGCCGCUUCACAGCAAGGAGUUCUCGUGCCCCACGUGCGGGAAAUGCUUCACUAGGAGGUCGCUGAUCGCCCGGCACGCCAAGCUUCACCAGCGCUAGAGCCCCGCUAGAGGCUGUAGGUGGCCCUUGAUGAGGACGCUUGAGCCCUUGCGCGCUCUGCUGGCAGCCGCCCCAUGUGCUGUAGCGGAAGUUGAGUGCCAGCUUUUAAUGUUGGGGUUUUUUGGGGGGAUAGAAAUGCAUUUAGCGAUGUUACGGACCCCCCACGCGUUUUGUUUCCUGCCCCCGGCUGCUCGAGUAGAAGUUCUUAUAUUCCUGGAUGAGGCCCCCGUGGACGGGGUCUAGAAACAUGUCUGCGUUCCAGCGCACGUAAUAAAGCUGCUUUAUCGGUCCUUUUAAAA